GAGGGGCGCACCGGUAGAUGUAUAUAUAAAACAUACAGUUUCUCAACACUACAUAUCAUAUUUAAAAAAAAAGUUUAUAAAACUUAAAACUUUUUUUUAAAAAAUAUUUUAUACGAAAAUUAUCCAUCGACGACAACAACGACAACAACCAAACAAUGUCUUCAUCGAAACCCAUACUCGGCUACUAUAAGAUCCGUGGUUUGGCUCAACCGAUCCGAUUGUUGCUGAAGUAUACGGGCGUUGAUUUCCAGGAAAAAGACUACGAGUUCGGUCCGGGAGAAGGUUUCCAACAUUUGGACAGUAUUAAGCAGUACUGGUUGAAGGAAAAGUAUACAAUGGGACUGGACUUUCCUAAUCUACCCUAUUAUCUGGACGGACAACAUAUUAAGUUGACUCAGAGUAAGGCUAUAGUAAGGUAUUUGGCCCGUAAGCACGGACUGGUCGGCCAAACAGAGUGUGAACUGGCCCGACAGGAUAUGGCCGAGUAUCAGCUAACGGAUUAUAUGACAGCAUUUUUUCGUAUGCUAUUCGACCCGUCCGGACUAGAGGCCGCCCGUCAGACCUAUAUUGCCGAUCAACUACCGAAACAGUUGGACGAAUUGUCCAAAUUUUUGGGUACAAACCAGUGGUUGGCCGGCAAACAGUUGACGUACGUUGACUUUGUUACCUACGAAUGCCUGGAUUGGUUUCGGCUGUUCAGUCCCGAAACGAUGGCCAAGUUUCCCGUUCUGGUCGAAUAUUUGACCCGAUUUGAGAAUCUGCCGCCGAUUAAGGCCUAUAUGUCGUCCCCCGAGUUUAUCAGUUGGCCUAUUUGUAGUCCAAUGGUUCCGCAAUGGGGUUAUCGAAAGUAAAACUUAUUAUAUAAUUUGUUUAUCUAUUUGUUUGAAUAAUAAUAUCAACAAAAAAAAUA